AUGCACUCUCCACUUUCAUCGACCACCCUCCUCUUCGGUGUGCUGGCCACAUCCGUUCUCGCCAACCCUCAGUACGACUACGGCUCUGGCUCUUCGUCUUCGUCGUCGGGUUCGUCGAUGUCGAGCAGUGCAACCGCUGCUGCCGCCGCCUCCUCGGCCUCCAACAUUCACGCGGUCAAGGUCGGGCCGGGCCUCACAUUCACACCAGACACCGUCACCGCCGCACAGGGUGACUGGGUGGAGUUCACCUUCGGUGAAGGUCACAGUGUCGCACAGAGCUCGUUCGCGGCUCCUUGCGUACCGAUCAGUGGUGGUGCCGGUGUGUACUCGGGAUUCCCCAACGACGGGGAUGUGUGGCGGAUCCAGGUCAACAGCACCGAUCCUCUGUGGCUGUACUGCUCGGCCACUGGUCACUGCGAGGGUGGCAUGGCCAUGGUGGUCAACCCUCCGUCAAGCGGCAACACCCUCUCCGCCUACAAGUCUGCCGCCCAAAGCGCCACGGGAUCUUCCCCUGAGACCGUCCAAGGUGGCAUCUUCGGUGCGGCGGUUGCCAGCAGUUCGGGUUCCAGCAGCAGCAGCGCCUCCCCCUCGCCCACGGGCAGCUCAACCGGAUCCAGUGCUUCGCCUUCUGGCAACGCUGCUGGCGCCAACAUGGUGUCGAACGGACUGAUGGUCCUCGGUGCGGUCGCGGCCGGUGUUGCUGCCGUCUUGUAG